AUGAAUUUGGCUACGCCUGUUUCAGGGUCGCGGACCAAACAAGUUCACACACCUCCAAGCAUCAAUGGCAGUUCACCGUCUUCCAGACCUGUUAAAAAAGUUUCAGACGGUGUUCUUGGAAGAAUGACUUCUUCACUCAAAGCAUUCAGUCCAGGUAGCGCCUUGCAGUCGCGCAGGUCAUCUAGAGACGAGGUUCCGGUGUUGGUCAAUCCAAGGACACUGCAAGGGAUUGAAGACAGCGAAUGCUAUCUUUCAAGCAAUCGGCUAAAUACCGAUAUGCCGAUUACCGGUAUGAAGCAGCGCAGGAAGACACCCACCCCUCUCAUUCUGCCUCAGUUAAACACACCUCCUUCUACUGUUGUCAAAAGUAGGACGUCUCCUCAACGCCAGGAGAUGCUUGACUCCCCGCUUUGCUUGAAAUAUCCCAAAAAACAGUUCUCAGAACAUUAUGACCACACGCCCUCCAAAUUUACUCCAAGAACGCGGCAACACUCAUAUCAGCUCAGCAACGCAAAAAUUCCGGGCGAAGCCUGGAUGCAUGCUCCGAGACGUCCAAAUGCUGAAGAUGAGCCUUCAACAGUUGCACAAAGCCUUGAAAAAAACCUCAUAAAGAUUUCUGGUCCACGCUAUUUUGUUUCAAGUGAGUGCAGUGUCUGCGGUGAGCGCUUAGAAACAGUCCUUUCAGGUGAAAAAAUUGUAGAAUUGUCUUGCGAUCAUCAGUGCCACUUGGGUUGCUUUCAAAUAGCAUAUGAGAGUACGAUGAGUCGAAAUAAGUUUCCAAUAUGUGAGCUUUGCUCGAAGGAGUCAAGGCCGAAGAGCGAAGAUCUGCUUGCAGAGAUGACAGCUAAAAUUCUAAUUCGAGACACAGUAUCUUCAAGGUUUUCAGUAGAAUCAGAAUGGUACAUGAAAGAUUUUCAUUCUCAUUCGCAGGAACCUCCACGCGCAGUCGUUGAGUACUCUCCGCUCAGCUACACUUCGGAAAGCCAUGAAUUGAAGACACCAUUCGAACAGCUCAUUAAAAAUUCAGACUUCUCCUGUCACGGCUUUCACACUCCAGUUCAAUCGCAAAAUACACUUGCUCGUCCGAAAAUAAUUACCAGAUCAACCACUUCCAGUUGGUUUUCGAGAAGCUCGAUAGAUGAAAACGCUAGUUAUGUCACCGCCGACUCAGAUUUUUCUUUUCAGCCUAGCGUUCACAUCUUACCUCAGCUCCCAAAGCUUUCAGUGAUAGAAGGUGACAAAUGCACGACAUUGCAAUAUGUGAUAAAUGCCUUUGUCCCCAAGUUGCAACCGUUCGAUGGUCGUGGUAAGAAAAAUGAUUCGGAAAUGAGGGCAAUCAAAACGAAGGUUAACGUAGCUCUCGCAGUUCGGUUCGAAAACACUUCAUUUAAUUCAAAAGAGGUGCUUUUGUUUGAUCGCAUGGAAUUUUCGCAAGACGGAGAUACCUGGGCUGAGGUUGAAGCGUAUCUUUUCGAAAACAAUUUGGCAUUCUUCCAAGGAACAUCCAUAGUGGCAGAUAUUCCGCUAGAUCAGAUUUCCCAGCUGCACCCAAUAGAUGCUUUCACCGUGGUGCUGAAUUUGAAGAUGAAAUCCCUACAUGAAGCAUUCAUUAAUUGGCAUGGUGACGCUCGGAUAAUGAAAAAAUGGACUCAUUAUCUCAAAAAUGCUUCCAAGAGGCACAUGGCGUCAUCUGUCGUUGUCCCUCUUCAAGAUUUUACGACUAAUGGAGAUUCGCUUCUUCCAGAUGAAAUUUCUAACUGUUUAAGGGCUGGCGUCGGGUAUGAAAGUGGCCUUUCGGACGUUUCUGCUUCAACGCUUUCGAGACGUGUCUCCUGUCAAUCGAAUUACGAGAAAGAAGGGUCGCCUCUCAAAAUCGUUCUGUGCUUGAGUUUAAUCAAUUGCAAACCGCUUGUUCAUUCAAAUGCCGAGCUCUUGAUCUUGAUCGUCGAUAAACUUCACGAAGUUUUGAUAUCGCUUUCGGAUGCAGAUCUGGUAGGUAUCAUAUUAGUUGGACGCGACGGCGCAGGGAAGGUCGGCCCCUUCGGUACUUUCUUGGGAAUGGUGUCAAAAAAUUGGGAUGGAUGGAGUGACUUUUUCCAGUCAUUAAAGGUUUACGAUAAUAACAGUAUUUUCUUAAGCGAUUCAAGCGAACUGAUGGUAAUGCUGGAAACGAGCAAUAAACUCUUGUCAACAAACCCUCCUGACCUGGCUUUUCAAAGACAUUUGGUUAUUUUGGGGAGUGAUCGCGACAAAAGUACACACAGUUCAAUGGAGAAGGAGUUUUUCUCCAAUAGAAUACGAAGCCUGUUAACUAAAACCUUGAGACUACACAAAUUCACCUUGUUGCAGUACUGCAGUUGUAACAGUGGAGUUAGGCUGAACGAGUCUGUCGAAGGGUUUUUUUAUAAUGUUAAGGUUCGGAUUGCAACUGCGUUUGCUGACAUAGACAUGGCAAAGCUUUUCUCAGAGUUACACGAUAAAUCAGCUCAAGAUCUCGUCGUUGACGUCAAAAGUCUGGACGAGAGACUUGUUCAAUUCUCUGCCAUCGAGCAAAACGGGAAAUUGUCAAGAGUUGCACCUUGCUCAGAAGCAUCAUUUGUAAUCGGCCCCUUACGUCCUGGAGAGACAAAAAAUAUCGUUUUUCAGGUGAACGUGAAUUUGAGCAACCUUCGCAAAAGGGCGUCUUGGCAAACAGGUGAACUGCUUGGCUUUUCAGCACAAUGGGCGAGCAACUCGUGCCUCCGCCGCUUCCAUGGAUUUUCUCAUGGGUGCGAGAUACGCUUCAGCCAGUACAAGACUAAGCUGUCAAAUUUGCAGCCGACGCGCUUGCUAAUGGUAGACAACUUUAGCAGUCGGGAUAGUGAAGUUUUGGAUAUCUCUUUCGCACCACCUCUCAGUGCAGCUCAGGAAGCACUGUUUGUUUCCAGGCACAUUGACCUUACUGUUGUAGAAGCUCUUCGAGCGCUUUAUGGCCAAAAUUCACAGGAUUUGGCUGCGCAAUUGCACCAGCUUGUCUCGAUCAUAUUCUGUCUAAGCCGGAACUGUUUAUGUGCAAUUCCAAGCUUUUAUCAGCAAACAAAAGGGUUCGAGGGCAUCUGCGAUCGUACUGAAAAGUUGUGCUUGAAGCUGGAAUCGAUUGCAGGAGCUUUAAGCUCAUCAUAUGCCCAAAAUCCUGAUGAUUCGCUUCAUAAUGACGUCGCCAAACUCCAAAUGCUCAAGUUGGCUACAAUUCUAGCCUGCCAAGAUGAAUGGAGUGAUACUUAA